UUGCCUCCAUAGUUUUCAAACGGAUAAGAUGCAAAAACCAAUGCUCACCUCCCUCACUCCAUUCAACCUAACCUUCUUCCUCUCCUCCCCAAAAUCUUCAUACCUCUUCCCCAAACCCACCGCCACCGCCGCCGUCACUAACUUCUCCCUCUCCCAUUCCCUCCAAUCCGAAACCCUCGAAAUCCUCGAAUGGCCCUCCGUCUGCAACCACCUCUCCGCUCUCGCCUCCACCUCCAUGGGCUUCUCCGCCGCGCAGAAGGCCCAAAUUCCCUUCGGAAAAUCCAAGUCCGAGAGCCAGAAGCUUCUAGAUCAAACCGCCGCCGCGGUCUCCGCCAUCGCAGCGAUCGGUUCUCCGCCGCCCGAUCUCCUCUCCAUCGAGGACGUCUCCGAGAUCGUAAACGACGCCGUUUUGGGCAAAUUGCUCACUAUCAACGAGCUCUGCGCUGUGCGUAGAACACUCAUAGCCGCAAAGGCCUUGUUCGAGAAGCUGAAGGCCUUAGCAGAUUCUCAUAGGUACUUGCCAUUGCUUGAAGUACUUGAGGGUUGUGAUUUUCUAGUGAAGCUGGAGAGAACUAUAGGGUUGUGCAUAGACUGCAAUCUUUCGGAGAUUCUCGACACGGCUAGUGAAGACUUGGAGAUCAUUAGGUUCGAAAAGAAGAGGAACAUGGAGAAAUUGGAUGCUUUGUUGAAGGAAAUGUCGUCUAAGAUAUUUAAGGCCGGGGGGAUUGACAGUCCUUUGGUGACGAAGCGCAGGGCGAGGAUGUGUGUGGGUGUUAGAGCUAGGUACAAGUAUUUGGUUCCAGAUGGGGUGGUGUUGGAUGCUAGUAGUUCUGGUGCGACGUACUUCAUGGAGCCGAGUGAGGCGGUGGAGUUGAAUAACAUGGAAGUGAGGCUUUCGAAUGCUGAGAAGGCUGAGGAAAUAGGCAUUUUGAGCUUCCUUACAUCAGAAAUUGCAAAAUCAGAAGGGGAGAUAGUGUAUUUGUUAGAUAAGAUUGUAGAAGUUGAUCUUGCUUUUGCUAGAGCUGUGUAUGCUCGGUGGAUGAAUGGGGUAUGCCCAAUUUUCAGUUCUAAGGAUGGCAAGGAUUUAGAGAAUGGUGGAGCUGAAAUUGGGAUAUCGAUAGAUAUUGAAGGAAUACAACAUCCUUUGCUCCUUGAGUCAUCUCUUAGUAGUUUGUCUGAUGCCCUUGCAUCCAGUUCUAGAAGCGCACUUUCCUCCAAAGACGGAAAUGAUGUAAAAAUGGUCUAUCGAAGUUUAUCUAGUGGUGUAUCUGAUUUUCCAGUGCCAAUAGAUAUCAAAAUUGGAUAUGGAACCAGAGUGGUUGUAAUCUCAGGGCCUAAUACUGGCGGGAAAACAGCUUCCAUGAAAACUUUGGGCCUGGCAUCUCUUAUGUCGAAAGCUGGAAUGUAUCUGCCUGCUAGAAGCCAGCCAAAGCUUCCAUGGUUUGAUCUUGUUCUAGCUGAUAUUGGAGAUCAACAGUCUCUUGAGCAAAGCCUCUCAACAUUUAGUGGGCACAUAUCACGGAUCUGUAAUAUUUUGGAAGUCACCUCAAAAGAAUCACUUGUCCUCAUUGAUGAAAUUGGUAGUGGAACCGAUCCUUCAGAAGGUGUGGCUCUUUCUACCAGCAUUUUGCAAUAUCUCAAAGAUCGCGUUAACUUAGCUGUUGUGACUACUCAUUACGCGGAUUUAAGUCUUCUAAAAGAAAAGGAUCACCAGUUUGAAAAUGCAGCCAUGGAGUUUUCUCCAGAAACCUUACAACCAACUUAUCGGGUCCUAUGGGGAAGUAUUGGUGACUCAAAUGCAUUGAGUAUUGCUAAAUCAAUUGGUUUUAAUCAACAAAUAAUUGAACGCGCACAAGAUUGGGUGGAAAGAUUAAGGCCAGAAAAGCAGCAAGAGCGUAAAGGUUUGCUACAUCGGUCAUUAAUAGAGGAAAGAAACAGACUGGAAGCUCAGGCUAAGAUGGCAGCGUCUCUUCAUUCAGAAACCAGGGAUAUUUAUCAUGAGUUGUUACGGCCAAGAUUAAAUUUUGCAACUCCAACUCAAUUCCAGCCAAUUAUAUCAAUCCAAGAUGAGGCAGAAGAUCUUGACGUGCGCAAGAGAGCUCUUAUGGCAAAGGAAACCCUACAGGUUCGGGAAGAAGUGAAGAUUGUCAAAUCUCAAUUGGAAGCUGUGCUUCAGGAGUUUGAUAACCGACUCAAAACUGCUGGUGCUGAUCAGUUGAAUUUGCUGAUAAAGAAAUCAGAAGCUGUAAUUGCAUCUAUUAUUGAGGCUCACAGUCCUGAAGAUGGUUUCUUGGUAAAUGAGACAUCUGAAACUUCAUACACACCUCGAUUUGGGGAACAAGUCUAUUUGAAGGGACUCAGAGAUAAGAUAGCUACCGUAGUUGAAGCACCUGGAGAUGAUGGGACAGUGCUCGUACAAUAUGGUAAAAUUAAGGUUAGGUUGAAGAAUAAUGAGAUCAGAGCUAUUCCUAGUAGUGAUAAGAAUGCCGUGACUAGUUCUGUCCCACGUUUGAAGCAGCGGGUUUGGCGGAGCCGUACUGUGGAAAACAAAGAUGCGGAGGUUUCUUAUAGUCCAGCGGUACAAACAUCAAAGAACACAGUGGAUCUUCGUGGCAUGAGGGCGGAGGAAGCUUCUUACAAUCUGGACAUGGCCAUCGCUACUAGAGAGUCUCAGUCAGUUCUUUUUGUUGUACAUGGGAUGGGCACAGGGGUUGUCAAAGAGCGAGCACUUGAGCUUUUAAAGAAACAUCCACGAGUAGCCAAGUAUGAAGCGGAAAGUCCAAUGAAUUAUGGUUGUACAGUUGCUUACAUCAAGUGAAAUGGGAGUCUACUGGUUAGUGAUCCUUGUUUAUACUCAUAUACACAACACGGCAACGAUUUUCUGGACAUAGUACGAUCAUUAUUUUCAUCUUCCAUGUACUUGUAUAGUUUAAUGCUGGGUCAUCAAAGUGCCCCCUCACAAUUUUGUAAAAUCGCCAUCAGCAAUCUUACUAUGGUUGGACUUUGUACAUUAAGCCAUCUUUUUGUCCAUAAUUCCAUGAUUACAGAAACACCAUUAUGAGCA